AUGGCCAGCAGCGGCGGCGGCGACGCUGAGCCGCGUGCGUCGGCCUCGGUCGCUGCCUCGUCGGCCUUUUGCGCCUGGCCGCUGCUCGGCCCGCUGCUGUUUGAGAAUGAGACGAGCGAUGCGCGCGACCACUGCGCCAACGAGCGGACCUUCCUCUCCUACCUCCGCCUCGCCGUCUACAUGGCCGUCCUCUCCAUCGCCAUCACUCUGUCCUUCCACCUCACCCACCAGCCGUCGGACCUCGAGCGCCGCAUGGCCAAGCCCCUCGGCCUCGUCUUCUGGCUUCUCUCCGUCGCCACCCUCUUCAUCGGCCUGGGCAACUACAUCACAACUAUAAACAAGUACGGCCGCCGAGCCGCCAUUGUGCAGACUGGCUGGAGAACGCAGCUGCUUCUGGCCAUACUGGCCCUCUGCAUCAUCGGCACUUGUGUUGUUCUGAUUGUCGUUCCAAAGCUUCGCUCGGAGAGAGAGUCAUAA